AUGCGCGAGGCAUUCGCCGGCCGGGCGUACUGCACAUCUGUCGCGCCCAUCGCCAAUCGCGACCACCAUCACCACCUGGCGGAGAGGGCGCUCGGCCUCCUCAAGCGCGGGCAUCCUCUCGAUGGCCUCGCCCGGCACUUCACCCCCGAAGCCGCCUUCCAGGCGUUGCUCCAGUCGCGCUCCCAGCGAAGCCUUGCCCUGCGGUUCCUCUCGUGGGCGCAGCCGCAGCCGUUCUUCCGUUUGUCCCUCCGGGCGCAGUGCGUCGCCCUUCAUCUCCUCACCAGCCUCCGCCUCUUUGGUCCCGCCCAGACCCUAGCCCAGAGCGUCAUCACCACCACCACCACCACCUCCUCCUCUUCCCAGGACAGUAAAGCUGACCCAAGACUUUCCAUCUUUCAGGUCCUCAAGGACACUCAACCUCUCUGCAGCAAGCCAGGGUCGUCGGCUGUGUUCGACCUCCUUAUCAAGUCAUAUUCUUCCCUCCGAAUGGUCUCCGACGCCGUGGCCGCACUGAACCUAACCAAAUCUGUCGGUUUGGCACCUGGCAUCCUGGCGUACAACUCAAUAAUCGACGCCAUGUUCAGGUGCAAGACAAAUUCUCUCGAUAUCCAAGCCUUUUACGAAGAAAUGACCAAGUCGAAGGUUUCAUUAAACGUCUAUUCUUACAAUAUCUUGAUUCGUGGAUUUUGCUCGUACGGGGCUUUCGACCGAGGGUUGGGGUUCCUCCACGAGAUGGAGAGAGUAGGGUGCUUGCCUAAUGUUGUGACAUUCAAUACCUUGGUCGAUGCCCAUUGUAAGUCCAAAAGAGCGGACGAGGCUUUUGCAUUGUUGACCUCCAUGCUGCAGAAGGGAGUUCAGCCGAAUUUGGUCACCUACAACGCAAUUCUUCACGGGCUAUGUCUGGAGGGGAGGAUGAGGGAGACCCGGAAAGUAGUGGAUGAGAUGAUCGGGAGGGGCCUCAAUCCCAACGAGGUGACUUACAACACUCUGGUCAAUGGGUAUUGCAAUGAAGGGGAUGUACACCGGGCCCUGGUGGUGCACUCUGAGAUGGUGAAGAAUGGGAUUGCUCCAGAUGUUGUCACGUAUACUUCUCUUAUAAGUGCGAUGUGCAGAGAUGGGAACUUGGCUAGGGCCAUGGAAUUUGUGAAACAGAUGGAAGAGAGGGGUCUUCGUCCUAACGAAGUAACAUACACUACUCUCAUUGAUGGGUUUUCGAAGAAAGGGUCCUUGGAAGAUUCUCACUUGGUCAUGAAGGAAAUGAUCGAUAAUGGGUUUGUCCCAUCUCUUGUGACCUACAACGCUCUCAUCAAUGGCUAUUGCAUGGUAGGAAGAGUGCAUGAGGCCCUGAUGAUAGUUCAAGAAAUGGAGGAGAAGUGCUUGAUGGCAGAUGUAGUGACUUAUAGUACGAUGGUGGCAGCAUACCUCAGACAUGGAGAGUUGGAGAAGGCACUUUCGAUGACCACAGAGAUGAUUGGGAAGGGUAUCUCACCUGACAAAGUUACCUACUCUUCUCUUAUAAGGGGUUUCUGCGAGGAAAGGAGGCUGGCUGAAGCUCAUGAGCUUUUUGAUAAGAUGCUGAGCUUGAAUAUCUCGCCUGAUGAAUAUACAUAUACCACACUGAUUGAUGCUUACUGUAAAGAAGGGGACAUAGAAAAAGCCCUUGUUUUACACGACGAGAUGCUCAAAGAAAGGAUCCUUCCUGAUGUUGUUACCUACAGUGUUCUUAUAAACGGUUUGAGUAGAAAAGCUAGAACUCGUGAAGCUAGAAGGCUACUGUUUAGGUUGAUCUAUGAAGAGUCCAUCCCUGAUGAGAUUAGCUACGAUGUCUUAAUUGGCCAUUGUGCUGGUUCAGAUCCUCAGAGUGUGAUAUCUCUUAUAAAGGGUUUCUGUACGAAGGGUUUGAUGGAUGAAGCCCAGAGAGUCUUUGAGUCAAUGAUUCGGAGGGGCUGGAAACCUGAUGAAGCUGCAUACAAUGUCAUCAUCCAUGGAUUCUGUAGAGGAAGAAAUGUGAAGAAAGCUUUUCUUCUCUAUAAGAAGAUGGUGGGAGACGGUUUCAUUCCCAAUGCAAUCUGCGCCGUUUCUCUUAUUAGGGGUCUAUUUGACGAGGGGAUGAGUAGCGAAUUAAAUAUUGUCCUUCAAGAACUUCUGAACAGAUGUACAGUGAUAGAUGCUGAGACAUCUAAGCUUCUCAUUGAUCUCAACCAUGGGGAGGGAAACAUGGAAUUGGUGUUCAAUGUCCUCAAUGAGAUGAUCGAGGACGGCUUUAUUCCAAAUUCUUCAGGGUGA